AUGCCCUCGACGACGGCCCCUCCAAGCCCACGUGACGAUACCCUUUUCCCCGAGUCACCUGAUCAACCCCAUUGGCCCACACCUGACAACCUCGGGGAGCUCCAAGUAGAGAGUGUGUGCCCUAUGUACUUUGUAGGUAUUGUUGGCCGCGCGCAGCUUUGGUCGGCGGUUGGCGAGACAAAGGCGGCGCACGAGGGACAGGGCGCCCGGGUGGUGCCAAAGCUCCGUGCUCCCUAG